AUGGCAAUGGAGAUGCAAGUGACUGCCGGAGAGGUGCCCGUUAGCCCGUUUUCGCGGUUGUUCAGCUUGCCCGGUUUUGAUUGCUUCAACAUCGUAACUAUUGGAUUCAAAAACGAAUCCAAUCCAUCAGCCUUUAUUAAAGGCUUGAAAAACACGUUGAUAAACCAUCCACGCUUCUCUAGCAUACUAGAGACAGGUCAUGGUGAACAGAAAGCGAAAUGGAUCCCCACAAAAGUAAAAGUUGAAGAUCAUGUGGUUGUUCCGGAUAUAGAUCCAACCAUUGAAAAUCCUGAUCAGUUUCUUGAGGAUUACACAUCAAAUAUGGUUUUUUCCCCUAUAGAUAUAUCUAAACCGUUAUGGGAGAUCCAUAUACUGAAACUGAAAACAUCAAAUGCAGAGUCUCUUGCCGUGGCGAGAUUUCAUCAUUCUUUGGGUGAUGGGAUGUCUCUCAUGUCUCUUUUGCUUGCUUGUAGUAGGAAAACAAGUGAUCCCGAGGCAUUACCAACUUUGUUGGCUCCAAAAAAAAGCAAUGUAACCAACGUUUUUUUGUCGUUGGUUGCUCGCUUGUGGUUCAUAGUAAGACUGAUGUUCCACACUCUUGUUGAAGUUUUCAAGUUUUUGCUUAUCGCAUGCUCCAGUCGUGACGCUUCAGCACCUCUUAUGAGUAAACCAAGCGCUACACUUAGCCCUAAUAAGUUUAUUCAUAGAGUCAUCAGUUUGGAUGAUGUGAAAUUUGUGAAGAAUGCAAUGAAUAUGACUGUGAAUGAUGUUAUUAUUGGGAUGGUGCAAGCUGGUCUUUCACGAUAUCUGAGUGAAAAAUAUGAUUCUGAAACAAAUCCGAAGCCAAGAAAAUCUCUAGAGAAGAUAUGUCUUCAUGGUGUUGUAUUUUUUAACCUAAGAUCAAAUAAAAAGAUCGAGGAUCUUGCUAAACUGAUGGAAAAAGGUUCAAUGCCAAGAUCAUGGGGAAACUCAAUUGGUUUUGCUCUGAUUCCGCUAUGGAUGAAGAUUGAAGUUGAUAUAUUUGAAUACAUCCGACGAGCCAAAACUAUUAUGGAUAGGAAAAAACUCUCCUUUGAACCUCUAUUUUCCUAUGUGUUACUCAAGUUGACCGUGGAAGUUUUUGGACUCAAGGCGCUGAGAAGUCUUGCGAUGAGAAUAUUUGGUCGUUCAACAAUCAUAUUGUCAAAUGUUGCCGGUCCAACCGAAGAAAUAAGCCUUUUCGACCAUCAAGUAUCUUACGUUGCCGCAAGUAUCUCUGGUGUUCCACAGGCACUCAUCAUCCACGUAGAAAGCUAUGUAAACAAAGCUAUUAUCAAUCUUGGAGUUGAUGUCGACGUGAUUCCAGACCCUCAUCACCUUUGUGACCUCAUUGUCGAGGCUCUUCACAUUAUGAUGAAUUCCACUGCCGAAGCAAAAGGCUCUGCCGAUUUGAACGUUUAA